UAACCUGUAAAGGUUAAAUGAAUGUCCGAUGUGUUGUAAAACGGCCUUAAUUUCAAAAUAUUAACUAUUUUGAUCCGAAUAGAAAAUUGACGUUGUUUUGGCCCGAAGGCUUUCUAAAAAACGGUCUAUAAAAUACUUUCAAAAUCAGAAUGAAAAAUUCAGAAACAAGACUGAAAUGUACAAAUACAGAAAUCCAAGUUUCAUGCCCUGUGCCUAGAAGACUUUCAGAAGAAGAGUUAAACAAACUUUCAGUUGACCAAAUUUGCCUGUCAGAAUUUAAACAGCAAAAGCUUGAAGCAGAGGCCCAGAAAAAUUGGGAUUUAUUUUAUAAGAGGAAUACUACAAAAUUCUUUAAAGACCGACAUUGGACAAAAAGAGAAUUUGAAGAUCUUCCAAAUCAUAACCAACAUGAGACAAAGGUAUUGUUUGAGGUUGGAUGUGGUGUAGGCAACUUUAUGUUUCCAUUACUAGAAGAAGACAAGCAUCUCUACUUUUAUGCAUGUGACUUUUCCCCAAGAGCAGUUGAAUUUGUAAAGUCUCAUCCUGCUUAUGACAUUUGCGGGUGCACUGCUUUUCAAUGUGAUAUCACUAAAGAUGAUAUAACAAAGUCAGUCCCUGAAAGUUCUGUGCACAUAGCCACAUUAAUUUUUGUUUUAUCUGCCAUACAUCCAGAGAAGAUGGUGGAAGCUGUACAUAAUGUAGCCAAGACUCUGAAACCAGGUGGUCUGUUGUUAGUCAGAGACUACGGGCUGUAUGACCACGCCAUGCUGCGCUUCUCCAAGGGCCACAAGCUGGGGGAGUGUUUCUAUGUUAGACAGGACGGCACAAGAGCCUACUACUUUUCGUUAGAAAAGCUCAACUCAAUUAUGGAAAUUGCAGGUCUAAAAACAGUGACGAGUGUUUACAUACAGAGGUCAACUGUCAACAAAAAAGAGGGCCUCAAUGUCCCUAGGAUCUUUGUCCAGGGUAAAUUCAUGAAAACUCCACCCGAGGACACAUCAGCAGAGGAGAGUGUCAUGUCAGGCGCUGGUGACGACAGCGACAACUCAAAGACAUUUGAGAAAUUGAUUAGCUCUUUGAACAACGUCAGCUUGGAUCCACCGGGAGAGAGGGAUACAAGCUGAUCAAUGUUGCUGUACUUGAGGAUUUACGCACAGGAGCGCAGUUGGGUUGAACUGAUGCUGAACAGUGCUGGAAUAGUUGUUCACUAAGUGAACUUGAACCCAGUCAAUGAAUCAAUCAGUCUAAUAUAAAGCUCAAUAAAGCUGC